ACAAAGAAGAAGAAGAAGAAGAAGGCAAACAAUGGAGGGUGGCGACCAGAAGUGCGGCGAUAACCAAGCGGUGGGGAGAUGGACUCUUGUAGGAACUACAGCUUUGGUCACCGGAGGCACUAAAGGAAUCGGACAUGCCAUAGUAGAAGAACUAGCUAGAUUUGGUGCAGCCGUCCAUACCUGCUCUCGAAACGAAGCAGAGCUCAACGAGUGCUUGCAACAAUGGAGAGCUUUGAACCUCAAGAUCACCGGCUCCGUCUGCGACGUCUCAUCUGACGUCGAGAGGGAGAAACUGAUGCAGACUGUGAACUCCGUCUUCCAUGGAAAGCUCCAUAUCUUGGUAAACAAUGCCGGGACGUUGAUUUGUAAACCGGUGGUGGAGCAUACCCCAGAGGACUACAGACGUAUGAUUAGCACCAACUUGGACUCUGCCUUCCAUCUGAGCCAGCUUGCCCAUCCUCUUCUCAAGGCGUCAGGAAGAGGCUGCAUCGUCAACAUCUCCUCCGUCAGUGGCUUCGUCGCCAUCGAUUCUGCAUCCGUCUAUGCAGCAACUAAAGGAGCACUGAACCAGCUGACAAGGAGCCUUGCUUGCGAGUGGGCAAAGGACAACAUUCGAGUUAACUGCGUCGCUCCCGCGUACAUCAGAACUCCACUCAUUCAGACCGUAAUGCUAUCCGAAGACGAAGAGUUCGUAGCGAGGGAGGCUCGUCGCGUUCCUCUGGGGCGGCUGGGUGAGCCAGAAGAGGUGGCGGCCGUGGUGGCUUUCCUCUGCCUCCCCGUUUCCGACUACGUCGAUGGCCAAGUCAUCAUCGUGGAUGGAGGUCGGACUGUGAACGGCAACAAUUGAAGUCUCCAUUACCCACGAUUGCUGCCAUCUAUGUUGUUCCGAGAAGCAAUACCAUCAACAUAGUUGUGCUUGGUGUGGUCGUAAUAGGUAAUGCGAUUCCCGUUCUAAAUAAGAUUGCCAUCUAAAGAAUCUUUCUCGGUACAAUAAAGCUAUUUCGAUCAUGGCAAUAACAAA